AUGUGUAACAGUAGUGGUGAAGAACCUACUACAAACUCUAUUUUACAGAUAUUAGGUAAAAAAGGAUUAAAACUCAUAGAUUCUAAAUUCCAAUUGUUUGAUGAACAUGAAAUUGCUGUAUUUUUGUCACCAAAAUUUAAAUCAUUAAAAAUGUUUAGUGAAAAUGAUAAAGCUCGCAUCCAUCAAAAUAUCGAGUUGAAACUAAUGCAGAUUGAAUUAGAAGAAAAUAGUGAACCAAGUACUAUACUGCCAAAAGAAAAAGAUAUUCCUAAAAACGUUUCAGGAAGUAGACCGUUCUCAGAAUGGGAAGAUGCCGAAAAUGAUUCAGAACAUUCCGAAAAUGUCCCCAGGUAUAAAAAAGAACUGGAAGAGUACAAACAUAAAUACUUUGAGUUUGAUGUGAAAGAAGAUAAUGUAUUAACAUUUUGGAAAAAUCACACAUUUAAUUUUCCAUACCUAUCCAUGUUGGCUAAGCAAAUAUUUGCUAUUCCAGCAAGUAGCGCCAGUAGUGAACGAUCGUUUAGUACUGCUGGAAGAGUCGUUGAAGAGCGAAGGAGUUGCCUUAGUGGCUCAACUGUGGAUGCAAUUUUAUUUUUAAACAACCAUUUCAACAAUUUAAAAAAAUAA